GAUAACGCAGUUGAGAUUUUUCACGGGCUAUCUCUCUCUCUCCCUCCCUCCUUCCCUUUCCUUCCCUCCCUCUUUCCCUCUUUCUCCCCCUCUCCCUUUCUCCCCCCUCCUGGAUCCACUGAGCACAAAGCUGGCUCUUUUUUUUUCUUCCUUUUUUUUUUUUUUUUUUUUUUUUUCCCCAAUGAGCAGGCUCUGCGAAUAGGUUCAGUGUUUGCGAAGGUGCAGAAUUAGCACACACACAUGCACGCACACAUACACACACACACACACAGAGGGAGAAGCACAAAAAGCAAGUAUCGGGACUGAAGUAAGGAGAGGUAGGAGUUUAAGAUGGCUGUCUGUGGGGAGAUGUGUUAACGAGGAUUUCUGCUGGCCAAGAUAACCUGCUUCAUUGGAGAGAUCUGCUGGAAGGACCAACUUUUGAUGCGUGUGCGUGCUGGGGAUCUGUUUGUUUGUUUAGAAUUCAGGGGGCUCUUUUCUUUUUUCUGUUUUUUUUUGGCUGUGGUUUUGUUGGUGGGUUUUUGCUUUUUCCACCCCCCUGCAACUGCAUUUUUCCAGCCCUUCCCAGCAGCUUUAUUCAGAUUUAUUUGGCGUGCUUUGGAGAAAGCCACUCUAUAAUCGGGAGGUCAAAGGCAUACUGAAGAAAGUUAAUAAUGGCUGCUAAUGGUGCUAACAAUUCAGGGUGAAUCUUGUCAAAAGUUUUUUUUUUUUCCCUCCCCCCCCCCCCCUUUUUUUUUUUUCUCCCUUUUUUUUUUUUUUCUCCCUUUUUUUUUUUUUUUUUUCUGGAAGUCUCAGUCUUUUGAUUGUGUGUUUCCUGAAAGCAAGACCAAUCAUUUCAGUUUAUUCACUGGCUAAACUCUACUUGAUUGGGGACAAGCACACAAACCAUCCAUUACGAUCUGAUAUAUUAUCCAAACAAUUUAGUGUAUUCAUGAGGUAACCUAAAUGUGGAGGCUGCAAAAUUACCCGUAAUCAAUUGAAACAGCGAGUGCGCGUCCCUCUGUGUGUCUAACAACUACAUGUCUCUGUAAUAAGGCAGACAUUAAAUCAUUUUAGAGUUGUACUGUUGAGUACCUGAUCACUGGGCGCUCUGGGAAGCUGGACAGUCACAUUAGGACGCUGGGACUGAGGAAGCCGCUGCUUUUCCAGUGGGAUAAAACCCGAUCUUCCUUAUUCAAGGUGCUUUUACAGAUCCCCACCGAUCUGACCCUAAGCCGUGCAAUAUCCAACAUAGACUUCGCCUUCUUCUUCUUCUUCUACUCUUCUAUUUUUUUGUUGUUGGUGGUAUUUUUUUUCUGUUUUGUUUUUAUUGCACUACAUGUUUGGGAAACAAGACAAAAUGGACGUUAGAUGCAGUUCAGAGACUGAAGCUAACCGGGUCUCGAAGAACGGACAUAAAGAGGGCAAGGAAAGCAAAGGGGCUGAAGGAAAUAUUUCUACUUCUUUUUUGAAGGAUCAGCAAGGGACUUUUUCUGCCUCUGCAGCUACGGAAGGUUGUAAUAAAAGUAAAUCUAGUUCGGCUGACCCGGACUAUUGCAGGAGGAUCCUAGUUAGAGAUGCCAAAGGUUCAAUCAGAGAGAUUAUUCUGCCCAAAGGGCUUGAUCUGGACCGUCCCAAGCGGACCCGCACCUCCUUCACGGCCGAGCAGCUCUACCGCCUGGAGAUGGAGUUCCAGCGCUGCCAGUACGUCGUGGGGCGGGAGCGCACCGAGCUCGCCCGCCAGCUCAAUCUCUCCGAGACUCAGGUCAAGGUCUGGUUCCAGAACCGGCGCACCAAGCAGAAAAAGGACCAGGGCAAGGACUCCGAGCUGCGGUCGGUGGUGUCCGAGACAGCCGCUACCUGCAGCGUCCUGCGGCUGCUUGAGCAAGGCCGGCUGCUCUCCCCGCCGGGGCUGCCGGGCCUCCUGCCUCCCUGCGCUACCGGAGCGCUGGGCUCGGCGCUACGCGGGCCCGGCCUGGCUGCGGGCAGCGGCAGCGCGGCGGCGGGUCCCGGCGGCGGCGGUUCCCCGCAUCCACCGGCCGCCAGCACCGCUGCCGGGCCCCCUCCGCCGGCAGCGCUGCACGGGGCGGCCGCCGCCGGGCACGGGCUCUUCGGGCUGCCGGUGCCCGCGCUGCUGGGCUCGGUGGCCGGGCGGCUCUCCUCCGCGCCCUUGGCCGUGGCCGGCUCGCUGGCGGGCAACUUGCAGGAACUGUCGGCCCGCUACCUGAGCUCGUCGGCCUUCGAGCCCUACUCCCGGACCAACAAUAAAGAAAGCGCUGAGAAAAAAGCACUGGACUGACUCUAAGUAACUUCCCCGUAUUUAUAUUUAUAAUCUCUAUUUGUGGCGAUAUUUAUGGGGCGGGCGGCGCGGCGGGCCCCUCCAUCCAUCCCUUCUUCCCUCCCUCGCCGCCUCCAAGCCCCGCGGCGCGGUUCCCUCCGCGGGCCGGUGCGGAGAGGAGCAGGGUCCCGGUGCCCGCGGGGAGAGGCGAGGCAGCGACCGGGAGCUGCGGGAACGGGGCAGCCCCCGCCGCUCCCCUGCCCAGCCGGCCCGGCGUCCGUGUGUCCUUUCGGGGAGGGAGGGGGGUGUCUGUUCGUUUGCUUUGCCACCGGUAGGAAAGGGAAGAGGAGGGAGAGCGGACGGGGUGCGGUUUGGCUCUUUCGGGCCCGCUGUAUCCAGUGCCAAGCGAGAGAAAGGGAUUUCGGAGAGAGGAAGACGGAGCUGCCAGGUGAUGCCCGGGUUUGGUUUUUUUCCCCCCUCAGUGACUCCGAAGCACAAGGGGUUGGGGGCUUCACCCGUGCCCCCCGUUCCGGCACAUCCACUGCACUGCAGUCCCCGGGAAAGCUCCGUGCCGCUCGCCCGGAACACCGGCCGGGUAAAUGGCCAGCAGCUUCCCUUUUCCACCUUGAAUCCCGAACGUGGGAAGGGCCGGAGCGGGCUGCCUUGCAAAUACACGCACGGAGCGGGGAGACAGAAAACAGUGGCUGCAGAGAUUUUGGAUCAAACUGUCUCCCCCUUCGAGAUAACACAAAGCCCCCUUUUUCCCCUUUAUUUUCCUUUA